AUGGCAGAUCCGAAGAAAUACAACAUCCCCCGUUCCCGAGUGGUAAUUUUAACGAAAUGUUUCUUUGGUGUGGACGAUCAGGGGAACUUUCCACCCCCUCUCUCGACCGGGAGACAGAACGCGGGUGACUACUUGAACCGCGUCGGACUUUCUCGCAGACACAUCUUGGAGGCCGUUGAUGCCAGUGUUGAGCGACUGGGAACUUAUAUUGAUGUGCUUCAAAUCCACCGGCUUGAUCGUGAGACACCACGCGAGGAGAUCAUGAGGGCAUUGAAUGACGUAGUCGAGAGCGGCAAGGUUCGAUACAUCGGCGCUAGUUCGAUGGCCGCCUGGGAGUUCCAGACCCUACAAAAUAUUGCCAUUCGCAAUGGCUGGCACAAGUUUAUCUCCAUGCAGAACUAUCACAAUCUCAUUGCCCGUGAAGAGGAACGUGAAAUGAUCCCUUAUUGUCUUGACAGCGGCGUAUCUCUUAUCCCUUGGUCUCCCAUCGCACGUGGAGCCCUCGCCGGACCUUGGGCUUCUCGCUCUACCUUGCGCGAAAACACCGAUGCUGGGCUAAGUAUUCUCGUUCGUGCGCGCGAGUCCGAGUCCGACAAAGCUAUUAUCGACCGCGUGGAAGAAUUGGCUGGCAAGAAGGGAAUCAGCAUGGCACAAGUUGCAAUCGCAUGGUCACUGAGUCACUCCAACGAGUACCCUAUCGUGGGGUUGAACACCAAGGCUCGCAUUGAUGAGGCUGUUGCGAGUGUCCAGGUCAAGCUGACGCCGGAAGAGAUUCAGUACCUUGAAGAACCUUAUGUCCCUAGGGCUAUCCAUCCAGGGGAACGAUAA